UUUCCUAUUACAAGGUCAGUUUUUUCAUUGUUCAUGAGAAAAAGAAUUUACACUCAGGGGCUGACAAUAAAAGGCAUGAGGUAAUUUUAUCAAAUUCAUGAAUGCUCGUGUCCUGUUUGUUACUCUUUGAGCCCUCCACCAGCACAUUUCACAUCCUUUUCUCAUGACGUUUUCUAUUUUUCUCUACUUUAUCAGCAUGGUAAUUUCAGUUACACAGGGUGGAGUUCUAAAACUUUCAAUCAAAACCUCUGGGUAAGUGAUAACGAAAGUUUAUCACCCCGUUCUGUUAAGUCCGAUAAUGACCUGCUUUUACACUGUAUUGAAUUACAUUCUCAAAACACCAAUAUGUGCACAAUUACGGAACACAAUGGUUCCCACACAAUAAUAGAGUCAUUGUUACGUUUGUCUCAGUUUGUAUGCUACCGAAACAGGUAGACUGUUUUUUCCCAGACGUACGUAACAGUUGCCGUUAGCGACAAAGGUGAUCGUUUUUGGUCACGUGUCUAAAGAGAUGUUAUCUCCAAAGGCAAACGGACGUGAUAACAUUCCUUCGCAUUUCUUUGCUCGCGCUUUGGCUGUCUAUCGUCGCUUAUCCGCUUUCGUUUAGUAAUACAACAUGAUCCAGCUAAAAGUGUUCUACCUAAUAUGCGAACUAAUUACUGCGGACGAAAAAUUAAUGAGGUGUCUACCUUCGAUGAUCUCAUGCGAAUCGUAAGGAAUAAAUUAGGCGUGUUUACUGUCUAUUCGCUUAUCCCUUUCGUUUAGUAUGGAACAUGAUCCAGCUAAAGUGUUCUAAAUUUUCUUUUGGAAGUGUCCCCCAGAGCGUGAAAACAAAAGAAACCAACCCCACUAGACCGGAGUCCCCCACUCCAUGUAAACAGGCCCUUAGACGUUCCUUGUUUGUUUAUGGAGAAGCCCGCCAUCGUUUAAUUCUCAGGAAUGUGAAGGAAUGCGAACACGUGUGCUUGCAUUUGAGGCGUCAGGGAUAGAUCACGUGGGCUUAAUUCAAAUAUGUUUCUCUGCAGAGCCAACAGUUUCGAGCGUCUGCGAAAAAACAGUCUACCUGUUUCGGUAGUAUAUCAUUACACAUGUUUUUUUGAGCAGAGUUAGUUUUUACCGCUUAUAAGCAGUAUAUUCAUUAAAAAAAAAUUCAUUAUUAAAAAAUGAUUAACCCACUGAUGUCUAAACUUGAGGAGAGGAGGAUGGGGUGCCUUGUCUUUUUCAGUGUGUUGUAUGACUGCACCUAUUAAAAUAUUCACUGGUGAAUUCUUUAGCCACAUUUUGGUUGGGAUUACACAACAGGAGAACAUCAAGAUUUACUUUUAGUGUUUGGAGUGCUGUUCAAUGGAGUUACCGGCAUCAUGGGUAAGUACAGUAUUGAUAAAAUCAAUCCAAAGAUCCAAAACAGGUGUAGGAUAUGCACUGAGAGCCCUUGUCUAAUAUGAUGGGAGGAAGUUAAUAACCCAGGAAUUUUCGCACCACUUUAAUGAGGAAUUAAAUUGUGCCUGUGCGCAAUAUUGAUUUCGUCGGAAUCUAGAUUCCCUAGCUUAAAAAUUCAAGGAGGCUGCACACCUCAUCAGGUUAUUGAUUUCACUCCCAUAUUCAUAAAGACAGUACUUUACAAUACUGUAGCUCCUCCCCUUCUUAUAUUUCAUAUGAAAUGCCAGAGUUGAGUGAGUUCACGUGGCCGAUGACGUCACACAUACACUCCGCGCAUGAGGCAGGGCCCAUCAUGAAUCCCGUUAUCAUGUAUUUUUCGCUGUCAGGGAUCUCUUCCCAUAAUGCAGUUUUAAACGCUUCAAAUUAUUUGUUAAUAUUUUAUGUCUGAUUUGAGUUGUUUCUUUGUGCUUAGCUGGCGCUAAUAUUUCUGGAGACUUGAAAAAACCUGGUUAUGCUAUUCCCUUUGGAACACUCGCAGCAAGUCUGUUCACAUUUGUUAUAUACAUUCUCUUGGGUUAGUAAUCGUGGAGGAUAUAUAUUAUUUUUUACCCUUGUUUUUAUUCAGUUUAAUAAAAUGUAUUUUCCAUAUUAAUUUAUUUUUUAAUUUAUUUAUUUUUUCAAGUGAAGUGAAAAAGGAAAUGUUGUCAUAGAACGUCAAAUAUCUAAUUUCUAAAAUCUCAGCAAACAUUUUUUCACAGCUCCCUUGAUAUCCUCCGCGCUUUUCACUUCUCUUUGUUUAUAGACCACACUUAUUGAUUGGUUUAUUUUUCAUUGGGUGUUGAUUCGUUUUUUAUGCAGAAUCGACACUGAUUCGUUGCAGGUUUUCGGAGAUUGCUACCCUGGCACCAUGUUUCAGGAAAACGAUGAAAGAAAGAUUAACUUCCAGCGUGUAUUCGUGAACUUUCCAAAUAAUAUUGUCUUUCAUUACUUGAUUAUCAUCUGUUCCGAAUUCCUGCAUUUUUUUCCGUUAUUCCUAACGGCUGUGCCAAGAAAAUAUCGCCGACUUCAUAGAAUAGCUUGGCCACUCAACGUUAUACUGUGCUUUUCCCAACAUACAGUUUUCUAAUCAGUACCGACUAGCUGGGCUGCACAAACGACAACAAAUCACACUGACUGUGCAGUUAUUGAUCAGUUUUUAUACAGGUUAACUCAACUAAUUCUUCAACUUUGUUUGCAGUGUUUUUUACCAGUGCUACAUGCUCCAAAGACUUACUGAAAAAUAACUACAACUAUAUUCAGGUAAAUAUCAAUGGUCUGUGUUGGUUAUUGUCUUUACUUGGUAAGUGUUUGAUUAAGAGUAACCGCAAGGACUAGGUUUGUCCAACAAUUUUCUGUAAUUCCGAUCCACAGUCGAAAAGAAGCGUAGUCGCUUUUUUCACGGGAAGAUUUUAGAGGCUGCUGGUUAGAUAGGAUGCAAAUCACUCGAUGUAAAGCUCCGAAAAUCCCGGGGGGAGAACAUCAGUUAAUUUGCAAACAAUUUAUUGGUAAGAAGGUUUCAUCUCGCUAAGUUUUUGUCUUUUAUUUCUCUUGUCAAAACUGCGGUCAAAAUGUAAUAUACACUUUCUUCUCGCACGUUUAGAAUUUCCAACAGGAGUGUGUAAUAUGUAUUUAUGUAAUGUGUUUAAUGUCUGUAAGUACCUGUUGGUAAGGCUGCAUUAAAAAAAAGAGAAGAAAAAGGAAUAAAUAGAAAGCUUUUCAACUUUCACAUGGCUUUCCUAACAAUUUGAUUCAAAGCUUCCUAUUCUUCCACUAAAGGUAUUUUGAUAUUAUUCAAGACAAAAGCAUCAUUUGUCAUUACAAACAUAGUAACAGUGUUUGCAAUUGUAAUUAUCAGGGAGCUUUAGCAACGAAUACGGCGACGGCAACGAGGGCGUCAAAGCAAUAGGUUUGUUGAGCAAAACAACAACCUAACACGUGCAUCGCGCUUUUUUGUACAUUUCUUUGCCGUCCCUGCACGACUACGACGUGAAAAUGCCUAAUUUCACUUUUUUAUGGAGGGCGUAAACAAGCCACGAGGACCUUUUCUCUCUCUUUCUAAACUUGAGUGCGGUCCCUAAGUUAUCAACUCCAGGGAAAUUCAACUGCAUUAGACAUUUUCUGCAAAUAGGAAUAAACGCGACAAAGUUUACAAAACGCGAAUUCAUUCUAAAGGUGACGUUCUCGCUGCCGUCGCCGUCGUCGAUGCUAAAGCUCCCUAUCAUCAUCACUUUCAUUAACAGGAAUAUCCACAAGUUUAAGAACUUUAAAACAUCACUUUUUCUCCAUAUGUCAUCAUACAGGUAAUAAACAAAGUUGAGUUGUUGGUGACAAUCGGAGCGUUUGCAGCAACUCUUUCAGCUGCUCUUAGCUGCCUUAUAGGUAAGUAAAAGGCUUAUUACAGGGUUGUGCUGACGUAGUUUUAUAGGUCUGGUAAAGUCUGAAAACAGUUUGAUAUCUAGAGUGCGAAAGAGAAUUGAUAACGCUUUCAUCAGGGCUCUUCUUCUCACAAAAUCGGUACGCAGUUAUAUUUAAUAUCUAUCAUCGGGAACACGCCGAUAAGGGAGCAUUACUCAGAAUUGUGAGCAAAAGAUCGAAAUUUUUUUCUAGAAUAAAUAAGAAUGAUAAGAAUAUACAUUUUCUAAUUUUUCAAAGGAAAAACGUCCAUUUCGUGACAAGAGGUUCUAAAAUAUAGCUGCAAUGCCGACAAACUUUUGCCUUUUUAACCGUUUUUUUUUUGUUGUUGUUGUUCAUUAAACAUCGAUUUUUUUCGGUCUUAUAGCUUGGACAUUUUUUCUUAUUUACUGCAUUUGACCAAGGCAUGCUCCUGGCCAUCCUGUCCUAUCAAUUUAUUUCUGUUGUUGUAAAACUUUCCUUGUUUUAUCCACAGGUGCAUCACGAAUUUUGCAAGCCGUGGCCAAAGAUGACCUCUUAGGUAUAUCAUAACUAGAUCUUAUUAAUAAACCUUUCUUUCUUCGAUGAAACUGCUGUAGAUAUGUUUUGUGAAGCUUUUCAUCUGGGAAUAUCCUGCUAGGUUUUGAAAUUGUGGAACCUUCUUAAACGUUUAGAGAAAAUCCGAGAAGAACGAAAUGGGAGUUAUUUACUGUACAAAAUGUUGGAUGGCGUACUUUGAUAAUUUUUUUCAGUUUUAAUGUAAUACUUUUUUUUAUAUGAAGUGGCUAGUACCCCUCUCGCCUCAAUAGCAUGCCUUUAAACUGGCUUUUUAAAUUGACUUGUUUACCUCUUAGGUAUUAUACUACGCCCAUUUAGUAAAGUCCAAAGAAAUGGAGAACCAUUGAGAGCCGUUCUAGUUUCCUGGUUCUUUAUUCAGGUUUGUUACGCAUUGACUCAUGUAUAGUUUAUUUGUAACAUAAGUAAACGAAAAGCUUUCGCUAACAUUAUCAUUUUAAUAUAUAAAAUAAUAUAAGUCAGCUUGAAAGUUAACCUGGAACUGUGACGCACACAUGUUGUCUUUGUUGCUGUUGACUGCAAAUAUUGAUAGGACGAUAGGACGAUAGGACGAUAGGAUAGAGACCUAUCGAUCUUUUUCAAAUAUCUUACAAUUAUUUUUUUUUCCUUUUUUGUGUGUUUUAAUGAUAUUUUUCUCUGUUUUUUUUUUUUUCGUUUUCCUUUCCCUUUCUCAUAAGUAGAUUGUCCUCUUGAUUGGCAAUCUUAACAACGUUGCUGUGUUGGUCAGUAUGUUCUUUCUUCUAUCUUAUGGAGUCACCAACAUGGCCUGCUUCGUACUCAAAGUUGCAUCCGCACCAAAUUUCAGGUAUUACUGAAUUCAAACCCUGUACUUACAUAAUUAUUAUAUCAUCAUCCUUGUAUUUGUACCCAGCUGGGUAAAGAAACCUGUAGAAAGCAGUGUCGUAGCACUCAUCAUACAGAGGGCAAGGAAAAAUUGUUUUUCCAGCGCGACAUUGGAUCUGCGCAGAGGGAAAAGCAAAACAGUGUACUUGUAGUCAAUUUUGGGGUCUUGGUCAGCUGGGGGAGUACCUUUAUGGUACGAUUCAAAUAGGGCAGACGGCAAAUUGUCGUUGCUCGAAAUAUCUAAAAGUCUUAACUGUUCAUCAGUAGGAUGCCUAAAAUGUGUGCAAUUCCACAGUUGGUUUCAGCUCCAUCAAAUCCUAUACCAAUUGUAGAAGAGAAGCCACCCACAAUGUGAGCACAGUUACUGACAAUGAUGAUUUUUCCCGGCGCAUUAACAAUGUUUAGUGCGACUGAGCUGGGAAAUGCACUGGUGAGCGGCCGCCUGUCCCUAGUACCCAGUUGGUGGCCGCGCGCUUGCAAUUAAAGAAUUAUUCCCGUACGGGGGAUUCAAAUGUAUGCUGACCAAUCAUAAUACGCGGAGAGCAUCCUCUGCACUUUUAAUUUCCUAAGUAACUACAUAAGCCGGAUAAUGCUUUCGAUGUAAUGCUAAAUGGUCAAUUGUUUUUCACUUGCCACUGGUUGAGAAAAUGGCGCAAAAUGUACUAGCCCAUCAUCAAAAGUCGUGCGACAUUCUUUGCCACCGGUAAUAUGAAACAAAAAACACUUGCCGAACACAUAGAUACAAAGAUGUCUACGCCAAUACAACCUUUCAUGAUAAAUUUCCUAGACAGGGUCAUUCCUCGGCUCUCAUAUGGUCUUUCUCUAUUUCUUUCAGACCAACAUUUCAGUAUUUCUCAUGGCAGUCUGGUUAGUAUAAAUGUCGCUAAUAUUUUGAAAUUGUAGUUGAUUGUUGCUAUUUUACUGUUAAUUAAUUGUUCACUUGUUUUAUUCAUCCGUUGCAGCGUAAACAUCAGUUGUUUCCUUUCGUUUAUAUUUUUUUAGCUCUUCUUGGUGCAGUGUUGUGUUUCCUGAUCAUGUUCUUGAUAAACUACAAAUACGCAGCUUUGGCUGUAGGUAAGUGAUCGCAGAUGAGAUCAGUCGAACACGAAAAUAAAACACGAAAACAAAACGCCCUGCCAAGUUUUCUCGUGUGCUUUUUACUUUCGCUUCUUCACCACUAUCUUUGAGCCUGGAACAAGCUAUGGCCCUUAAUGAAUAGUGAUUCUUAACGAGCAGUGAAUUCACACGCGAGCUAGUUAAAAUUUCAGUUAGCUUAGACCCCGUUUUCACGGGUUUGGACAAAUUUUUGAACUGACAAAAACUUGCACGGAUCCACCUUUCGUUUACACAGGAACCGAGGAACCGAGCAAGUUUUUGAACGGCAAACAGUACUGCAAGCUGUAAUAGAAUUUGCACGGUUCCGUGUAAACGGGUAGAACAGGUAAAAAAUUCGUCCGUUCAAAAAUUUGUCCGGGACCGUGUAAGCAGGGUCUUGGCUUUCUUCUUGAACUCGAUAUAAAUGUCCUCGCGGGAAUUUUAGCCAUUCAAAGUGUGAAAGAUUUUUCUUUCUGACCACAUUGAACAGGUAAAAAGAUUGAGUUUGUUCAAAAUUGAUAUCAACAACGAAAUCAAUUUUCAAACAAAGAUAUCGUUAAUGAAAUCAUAUUAAAGGGGGGAAUGUUUUGUUCUUCUUUCAAAAAUUCAUGUCUAUCAGAUCUUCAUCAUAAAUUUCAAAAGAAAAUUGUCCAUGACGUUUGAGAGUUGGAUGAAAGGUUAAAGACGUUACCUUAUUUUGGGGAAUUUUUUGUCUUUCAAAAAUAAGGUUUUUCGUUGGUCAUUCCGGUUUUCCCUUCCCCUUAUAAAUUAACAUAUCCAAACUUCAGUUCGAUCAGAAAUGUGAUAGAAAAAGAACCAGUUUGUCAGUGUGGAUGUGCUUUAACUUAAUUGUUACAUCUAUUUAUUUAUUUGUUUAUUUAUUUUCUUUGUUUUUCUUUUUUGAGCAAAUCUUCGUAGCUUAGCAUUUAACUUUUUUGGGAUGAUACUACAUUUAGCUGUUGGAAAUUUUCUCCAGUGGUGUUUAUUUGUUAUUUUGUCUUCUUGCAGCCGUGAUGUUGAUCUUAUUUGUGGUGAUUUCCCUUCGCGCCCCACCCACCCCCUGGGGUGAUGUCUCUCAAGCCCUAAUAUACCAUCAGGUAAGUAUGUUAUCGUGGCAUAGUGUGUAAAACGGCAAAAAGGGAGUCGGUUCAUUCGUGUCCACCAUCAUCUUGGACCUGAGGGCCACUAAUUGGGACGAGAUGUGCAGUAACAGAAUAGUCGCAGCCGCAGAAAGCACAUAAUUUGCAAACUUAUACGAACUUCUGGGCCCGAUAAGCCACAGGUUACGUUUGACUUAGUCCUAAGUAGCCAGUUCCAGAAGCAGUUGAAAUUAGAUGCUUCUCACUGACCAUAAAAUAUAUCUGGCCAGUUCGAAGCAGGGAACUUCUAGGUUCGACUUCAUGAGACUAAAAGUGCCUCUGGGCUCUCACGUUCUCUUUCUUAACCUUCGCCCCUAACUGUCCUGUAUAGCUUCUCCCGAUUCUCUGAAAAUGAGGCAGCACAAAGCAUGACACCAUGGCGAAAGUGUGGAUGGGUGGUGUUACUUCAUUUGCUGAUGUAUUUCUAGAACGUAUUGUCACUUUAGGUUUAAAAUUUUCACAAUUCUUCGUAACCUAUAUAUGUGUAACGAGGUUUGUUGGCAUUUUAACGCAUUUUCGCCUGGAUUUUGUCAUAGGUUAGGAAAUAUCUUCUUCGAUUAGACUUACGGAAGGAGCACGUAAAGUAUUGGAGACCACAGGUAAUGAUAUUACAGAAGAUGUCCGGGGGAGUCGCAUUUUUAGUGCAACAUCAGAUUUGCCACCCUAGGUAGGUUUGCCUGGGUGAAUUUAGUGCAAUUUGCAAGAAAAGUAUGAUGAUUUCCAUGCUGAUUCCAUUUAUCAUAACAAACAUUUAAAAGUGGAGCCAAGCCAUUCUAUUUAAUGCUCCAAAAAGCUGAUCUAGGGGAAUAAGAAAAAGGUCAUUAAUUAUUCAAAAUGGCGACAAGAUUUCGUUUACGAGUAUUAGAAUGUAAUGAAACGAGGUAUUAAAUGGGGCUAAAUUUGGUUGAUUACUGUAACACAGCAAACGCAAGCGAGUACGGAGCUCCCAACUAAAGCUUCCAUUUUGUUCGGGCUCUUUGACAAGAACGUCGUGACAUGUUGAUCACAUCAUUUCUCAUUCCUUCACUGAGCUUAAAAUUUACCAUCAUUCUUUAUUUAUCACGCACAUGACGAUUUCGACAUUGCUGGUCCAAGCAAUAUGCAGGACGCUUGUGACACAUGAACCUUGUAUAUGGCACAGCUCGCCAUGAAUCCUUCGUAGCUCAGUGGUUAGAGCAUCCGACCGGUGUACGGAAGGUCAUAGGUUCAACUCCUGUCGGGGACUCAGGUUUUCCCGCCUUUGUCCCAUGCUAGUGACCUGUUGAUCACGUGAUUUCUCAUGUCAAUACAGUUUUGCUACUCUUAACCAGGUGUUGCUGUUGGUUUCAAAUCCUCGCUCAAGUUACCCCUUAAUUGACUUUGUCAAUGAUAUUAAGAAGGUAAGAAUGCCGUGCUAUAGGGUACAAAGAAUGAAGGAGAAAAACCGUACGCGACAGUGAGUGUAAUAGCACUACCUCCAAAAAUAUUCGUUGUGCGAGCUCGAAAAUUACGCACAGGGAACCCGUUGAACUGAGACACAGGGAGCUCAUCAAACGCAGGGAGACGCUUCAAGACUAUAAUGCCCCCGUAAUGACCUUCCAACUAAUGUUACAUUUAAUUUGUUUUCAGUAGUCCUUUCUUUAGUAUAUAUUACAUAAAGCAUGAGAAAAAGUGUUUAAUUUGAUCGCAACACAUCCAUAAAAGGAGUUGGUGAAACGAGGCCCAGCCGAGGUUUUUAAAUUUGACCCUGAGGUUAUUGGAAAUCGGAUGAAACGUUCUUUCCAGUGUAUGAUAGAGGUUCUCAAACGAUCACCAAUUUUUGAAGAAAUUCAAAGCUAAGCCAAAGGUUGGCAAAAUUUUAUUCGGAUACUAUUUCCAAACUCUCCGAGAUGGAAAGAGUUAUCCUUUGUUUUCUCUUCGUGGGGUAUUAGUAAGGUUUGAAAAGAAUAGUGAAUAACAGUUUUAGCUAGUUUUUUUUAUUUAUUUAUUUAUUUAUUUUGUUUCUGUUUUUGAUUUUCCUUCCAGGGCGGCCUUUUUAUUCUAGGUCAUGUUCAAGAAGGUGACUUCAUUGAACAAGUAAGAAUCUGGGCAUAGUUCUGUAAGUCGCUCGGUCCGUUUACACCUGAGGUUACAAGGAUCUUAAGGCUUGUUUCUGUGGCAAUUUUUUAUGAUAGACAGAGGCCCUUUAUGUUUGCUUAAAAAAUGAAAUGAAAUCAAAGUGAAAUGAAAAGUGACCCUUCAUGUUUGCAUGAAAAACAUGCAUAAUCCAAAAGCACUGAUAUCUUAUCAGUCGACUUCAUCCUUUGCAACUACAAAACGCGUUUCUUUAGAACUUUUGUAAAACUAAUGAAUAGUCGAAUGCUCAUAUUUUACUGUUUGGUGGAUAUUUUUCCCUUCUUUAUUGUUUUUUUUCCUUCACAGACUGUGAGAAAACAAAAAAGUGACCUAACUACCUGGCUGAAUUUUGUGGAAUGUACUGAGAUUAAAGCUUUUGUGGAUCUUACAGUAACUGGGAAUAUACGAACUGGCGCGCAAAACUUACUGAUGGUAAUAAUAGAAAUAACCUUUUCAUCCUUGUCUACCUAGCGAUAACGCAUCGAAAUCUUCGCGUCCGUACUAGCGUUUACGCAUAGUCUGCGACCGUCUGCCCUCAGCCAUCGUAAACUCUUAUCUCGUGAUACCUUUGUAGUCGGUUAUUUGUACGAUACUCUUGUCUUGUAGGCGCCAUUAAGACACAUUUUCAAAAUCUCCGUUUUUGCCUGUCUAUACCAAAACAAUAGAUUUCCGUUUUCAAUAUAUAUACUCUCCAGCUUUGAGGGCUUUUUCGAAGACCUUGUAUGCGUUUCUAAACUUGAACAGAUUACUGAUUGUGGACGCCACGUAAGAAAACUAUAGCCCAUCCUAGCAUUCCACCCUACCCUUAACUACUUUCUCCUGCAUGGCCUUUAUCGUUCUAGAUAAAAAUGACUGUUUUGCACCUGACUUCAUGGCGCCCAUGUUGGUGGUCAAGAACAAAAGCCUUUCUCUCCGCUGGAAAAUAAACUCCAUUUUCAAUUAUAGUCUUUGAAAGAAAAAUUUUUAAAUUGACCACCAAAAUGGCGGCCUUGUCUCUUGGUUAUAAACUAAGAAUAGGUAGGGACUGGGAAAUAGUUUGAAUGUCAUUGGCUUGAAUGCUGUUGGGGUUUGUCGGCGCUCAAGAUUAAUGUCAGCCUUUUGACAUAAUUGUCAAAUCUUUCGCAUCUGUUUUGGUAGAGUUUUUAACAUGGCUGGACCAUUAUGUAUCUGUUUACAUGCUUUUCUAGCUAUUCAGAUUAAUGCUGAAAAGUAUCAAAUAACCAGAUUACUUGUGUUUUGUAUUUCUUCAGGCUUCCGGACUUGGUGGAAUGAAGCCGAACACUCUUGUUCUGGGUAAAUAUAUUUUUUUUAUCACAUUAUAAUUUAUGGUGACCUUACGAUUAAAAGUGACUGCGGGCUUUUCCAUUUUGUUUUUGUUUUUUCUUUUUUCGCAAUUUAACCAAGACGCCCAGUUACUUAAAAGUUAAAAAAUAGGUUGGAGCUGAAGAGAGGGGGCUGGGUCCUAGCUCAGAUAGAUACAGUUAAGUUUGCGUCCUUUUCUGUUCACGGUCUAAAGAACAUUUCAAGUCAUAGUCAUGCAGGGACAGCAAAGAGAUUUACAGAAAAGCGUAAAGCAAAAGACUUAACUUUCUGUCGCUCUUUUUGAGGGUAACCCACGCGAGAUGCUACCGAAACAUAGAAAAGCUUGUUGAUCAGAAGUCGAAGGCGAACGAUUAGAACCUUUCGGCCACUGCCAGUUUACCUUUCUAAUAGAUAUUACACGUUUUUCACCAAACGGAUUGCAGGCAUUAUCUCAGUUGUCUUAAAAUAGUUAUUAAUUUAACUGAACACUUUUAUGUUUACAGGUUUUUAUGAUCACGAGUUGCCAACAGACAAUUUCUCUCGUGGAAUAUUUAGGAAAAACAGGUUUCCAUGGUUAAGAGCACUGAGGAAAGGUAAAAAAGUUUUUUUCCGCUAAUUUUUUCACAGUUUAACAAAUCAAGAUACAUGGCAAUUUAUUUUUUUUUCCCUUUUUUCACCUGGCGAUUCAUAGAAUUAUGGUUUAAGAAUCUUACUUUUUAGAAUUAAGGCCUUUGUGUUCUCUUAGUUUUCUCUGGAAGUUAAAGUUUGUUGAAAAUAUUAAGAGGCCUGUUUUUACCACUGUCAUGAAACUUGCCUGUUAUCCCUUAAGUGACGUUUUCCUUGUACACCCGUGAAAAUAAAGUGACAAGAUCACAGCUUAAUCGUUGUUGUGUUUCAUGUAUUGAUACAUGGUAAUGUGUUCACCGUUAUCUACCAUAGAUGAGAUCCUUCGCAGUGUGCAGUUACAACUUCCACCUCUACGAACUCAUGUAAGUUGUCUUGUUACUCGACUUACUGGGUGCUGCCAUUUUCUUUAGUGUUAAAUUCUAUUUAUUUAUUAUCGCGUGUAUCCUUACAUCUGUAAAACUUCAAAUAUUUGUUGUUGCUGGAAAUUUUUCAUUGCCUGUAACUGUUCAUCAGUGGGAUGCCUAAUCUGUGUUCAAGUUAACAAUUAGUUUCGGCUCCGUUAAAUCCAAUGAAACAGUCUAUCACGUUUCCUAAUUUCAGCAACCUCGUCCCCAGGAGCUUCUCGGUUUUCAUAUUGGCGUCAUAUGGGAAACCAAACAGACCCUGGGGACGAGGUUGAAAGUUCAGUUGACUGUUCAGUCAAUAUUUUGGCUUGCACCUCAAAACAGUUAUGAGGCUCAGAAGUCCCAAAUUUCAUUCACUUAACCAAUUUUAUAAACAAUGAGUGUGUUUCUUUCACUUUCUUUUAUCCGCAGCCAGGACAGCAAACGCUAACUCUAAAGGAUUACGUUGGAAUUAUCAAGGUACGUUUUGUAGGGAUAAAUUAAGUGUUACUAGAUGACCUUUGUUUACCCUCGGCAGUGUUUAUAGCUCAAAGGCUAGUGGGGCCCAGGCAAAUGGUUUACACAGAGUUCAAAUAAACGUAGUUGGUUCUAGAAUCCCUACUGGCAGAAGACAAAAGAGUUGGCUUUCUCGACGCGUGGCCAAGGAGAUGAACUUGGGGCUAACGAGAAACAAGUGCAGCUAGCGGUCAGAACGAACUUGAACUCUGGAUCUCUGAACUGCAAGUCAAGCACUCUGACCAAUCCCCUUACAACUUAUAUAAGUCAAAGUUCGCAAUAGUACAGUACAGCAAAAACGGCUGUUUUAAUAGUUUUUUUAAUGUAAAAAAGAGUUACUUAAAUGACUUUGCUGUCAUGCUGUACUUUGCUCAAUUCGUGGACAAAGAGAGUUACAAUGAGGUAAGUUUUAGUCGAAAUCUGUUAAAAACAUGACUACUAUGAAUUUCAUGCUAAGAAUUGUAUGGAACAAUAGGCAGAUUUGUUGUUUUGGUUGUUGUUUUUUUGUUUGUUUCAAUGUGUAAAUAUCAGAGUUUCUCAGUCGCCGUUUUUUAUUUAAUGAUAGGAUGCUGUGUUGAUGGAAAAGAAUGUUUGCAUUGCUAGACAGUAAGUAUUGUUGUUGUAGAAAUCUCUGCCCGGUUUGCCCCUUUUUAAAGAGUGAUCAAAACUAAUUUGCUUUACGUAAUUGCAAAUGGAAAUUCUUAAUGAUUGCAGCUUUUCACAGCUGGACAAAAACAGCCUUGGCAAGGAAGGAUACAUCGGUAAUCAUCUUACAUUUAUUAAUGAAGGAUUGCUUGAUAUCAGUGAAAACUCACUAUGAUUUAGGCUACCACAGACAGAGUGAGAAUUAGACCUCGUCCGCAGGCCUUCUCGGCAUUCAAAUUGCCGUUCACUUCUCGUCGUCGCUACCUUAACUUUUCGAGCGAAGCACUGUUGUCACCCAUGUUUGUUUGUUAGUUUGUUUUAAACUUCUUUUUCAACUUUGAUGAUUGUUCAUUCAUAGAAUGUUCCUCAUUUUCCGUGUCUGGUUAUUGUUAACCUAAUCGUCCAUAUAUUUUAUUAUUAUUAUUUUUUGUAUGAUUUACAAUUAAGUUUAAUUUUGUGUGAAAUUAGGUUUGUUGGGUAGGUUAAGACAAUUUCUUUGCCAGUUUGAAAGUGCUUCUGUGUUUACGCACUGCUUAGGCACUACAGUUCUUUUGCAAGAAUUUUAUUCCUUUUUAAGUCUGUGGUCUGCCUCCCUUAUAUUUUUAGAUGUAUGGCCCAUGAAUACUAGUAUGGUAGAGGAGGGUAAGUCUUUGUUCUUGUACACUUAAUUGACAUAAUUUGUUUCAUUCAGGUCGGAUGGUGGCUGAAUUGUCGAUGGGAAACCACAAUUCGUUUUCUUUUCUAUCAUUAUGGCAGCCUGUGCCAGACUUUCAGAUAGAAGGAGGCCGAGCGCUUAAAGGGCUGGACUUGCAAUUCGGAAGCACCGAGUUCAAGUUCCGCUCUGACUGCUUGCUAGAUUUGUUUACUGUAGUCCCGAGUUCAAAUCCUCGGCCGUGCUUGUAAAUAGCUAGCUGAUUUGACUUCUACCAGUUGUUAUUCUUAACCCUGUUAUGCUUAAUUUAGUUCAUUUGUUUUAUGCUCGGCCCCACUACACUGUUCUAUAAAUCUAAACAGUCUUCCUAAAUGAUGCUACGAUGUUCAAGGGCCAUUUCCUAUUUCCAAAUCCCUUACUUUCACAAAGAGGCCAAUUGGAGAUUGAUUUCUAUUUUUAUGAGAAUAAAGUCAAAGUCAUAAUAUCAAAGCCUUUACACCUACCUUCGUGUUAAAACGGAGGCUUGGGCAAUUUGGAAAUAGUCCAUCAGUCUAUCUCUCCCAGAACCAAUUGUGGAGUCUUGAACUGUAGUUCUAUCUCGCCCUAUAAAUUGUUUACAAUUGUUUCCGUAGGUCAAACAUGUUAGUGCGAGAGGUUUAACUUUGAAUUGCUAUCCUAGCCUUAUAAAGUAGUCUAGUUCUUACUCAAGGGCCAUUUUUCCAUUUUGUCCAUCAGGUUUGGUUUUAGGUCCUUAUGACUUCACUUUUCUGCUGAUUCUUCAACUGAGUUGCAUUCUUCACAUGGUCCCAUUCUGGGAGUCUAGAACCAAGCUCCGAGUCAUGCAGAUCGUCGAAACGGACGGUAUGAAUAUGAUAAUAAUAACUAAAAUCAUAAGGGCUCGCCAAUGAAAAUAGAGCCAAGCUUAGAUGUCACUGUCUGUUGGACACGCGAUAAGUGUGUUAUUAUUCUUCCAAGUUAUUAGUGGGGUGGUACCAGUAACCGAUUCAAGCAGCCAGCGGUGUCCAGGCAAGCCGCGAAAAGUCUGAGAAGCAAAGGCGUUUUUGGGCGACACACGCCAACCGGAAAUGAGGCCUCUUCUGUUUUGAUAUGUCCCGACGCUCGCAAGUUUGGAUUGUCUUAAGUGUCUUUACUCUUUUAGCAACGAUUUGCGUGAAAGUUUGGGCCAAAGCACUGCUCAAGAAUGCAAGAAGUCCACUUCCGGUUGGCGUGCGUCGCUUAAAAACGUCUUUUCUUAAGCUCAUUAACACUUUCUCUUCUUAGGCUGACUCCUCGUUUUGCGGCGUCUCUCUCGUGUCCUUGCCGCUCGCUUGGUUCGCUUGGUUCCCAUGCACACUAAUAAGUAUUUAUGAAGAAAAAAAGGAGUUCUCACAGUUAUCCUUCGACAUACUUUUUCGCCUGCAUCUCAAUCACUGUUCAAACCAGAUCAAAUGAGUGCAAAACACUCUGUGCUCAGUUAGAAAUUCUGUUUCAUUAAAUCACUAACUUCUCAUCCAAUCGCUUAAAUUUUGCAGUAUUCAGUGUUCGCCAUUAGUACCCAGUUUGCCGAAAUAAUUUACCUUCUUGAAACCAUUACUCACUGUACAAGUGCACAUAAUUCACGAUUUAUUGCACGAUACAUUCUGUAGGCAACGAUGAUCAACACCAGACGCUACAAAAAACGCUGGCUCGCCUUUUAGCAGAACUUCGGAUUCCAGCUGAAGUGAGGGUAAGAAAAGCUGUUUUUUGGUUAUAUAAUCACUGACAUUCGUUUCUUUUUUGUGAGUGGUAUAAACCAAGGCUUUGCUCAGUUACACUCUAAGGUAGAAAAACAAACGAGAGAUUGCUCAAAAUGAAUUUUAUUCCUUUGUCGCCCUCUUUGCAAACUGCUUCUGGGUCUAAGCUGUUGUUACUAUGACAACGCAUAUGCUACGUUUUGUACUUGACUCAGGAUUAGGAGUAACCGGAUUUCAAGCAACUUGUUCCAGAUAAUCACUUUAAUUUUGGAAUUUUGUUAUUUCCCAAGUGGAUGUACUCUGCAGAGGCUGCCUUGAACUGAUCAAGUUUCCCCUUUUUCCAACCCGUUUUAGAUGAUUCAUUUGACAGAAGAAGCACUAUCUCAGACAAGAAACGCCGACGGCCUGGCGGUAGGUUACUUCAGUCUUCAGUCAUAUUAACUUGACAUAGCCUGACCUAAGUAUCAGGCUAUCGUUAGGGGUUACGGGAGAGGAGAUUUUAGGGGAAGAAGGGGAGAGGCGCUUUUUCCCUUUGUCGUUUCUCCCUUCUCUUCCCCCCUCCUCCCCCCUAAAAACUAAAGCUAUCAUCAUCUAAGCUAGACUAAACGUUGAGUGUCUCGGGUUUCUGAAUGAUUAUUUUAAAAGGGCUUUUACCAUACCUUUCAUUUGUUUUAAACGACCAACUGAAUGGUAGGUUGAUCCGUCACUUCUUGGACCCUUUUUUUUUACGUCUUAACAAAAAUUCUCGGUGUGCGUAAACUCCGUUCUGACGGACGGGUAAAUAACAAGUGCCAUUUCAGAUUCUUGCCGGUAAACUACCCUGUCAGAUUAUCCUCUGGUCCUUGCGCUGUUAAUAAUAGGGAGCUUAAGCAGCAACGUUUUUGAGCGACGCACGUCAACCGGAAGUGGCCUUUUUUCAUUUUUUGACGGUGGUUUCGCGCAAAUUUUCGACGACAGGCGAUGGCACAAAUUUUAUAUCAUCAAGGCAUGAACGGCAAAAACGACCAGCGAUGGCAUAAAAAGGUUUUGAUAAACAAAACAACAACUUUGCACGUACAUCGUGCUUUUUUGCACAUUUCUUUUUGCCGUCACUGCACAACUACGACGUGAAAAUGCCUGAUUUCACGUUCUACGGAGGACGUGAACACAAGACAACGAUUUUCUUUUUCUUUUGUGAACUUAGAUACAGUCUUUUAGAAUUCAACUCCUUAAAAAUCGCCAACAAAUUGAAGGAGCUGGAAAAAGGGCGAUAAAUUAUGAAACAGUGCGAAUUCACUUUUUGGUGACGUUUUCGCUGCCGUCGCCGUCGUCGUUGCUUUAGCUUCUAAAUGCACUAAGAGUGUAAGGUUCUUCUACUUUGGAAAGUAAAAAUACAACUGAAGAAAUUAACAUAUUUAAAUUUUUUAUCUCUGUCCUCUGAUUUUCGUCCACAGCCCGCUACUAACUGGUACCGAACAGUGAAUCAAUUGAUUAAACUACACUCUUCAGAAGCAUGUAAGCUCACAAAAUCCUUCGUUUUCUUCUUCGGUUCCAAAAUCCGUGUUUUCGUUUGUAGUCGCUGUAGCAACUGAGGGCCAAAGGAUGGGAACGGUUACAAGGGUGUUGUCGCGGCGGGGCGGGGUGGGGGUAGUGGGUGUGAACGGGGCCAUGUUACCUCUUCUUUGGGUACAUGUUGUCUCUCGAGACCGAAAUUUCUUUUGAUUUUCUCAAAAGACAGUUCUUCCCGUAAAGUAAGUCGUUGAUUUAUAGUUUGUUUCUAAGAACCUUAACUUUGUGCUUUUACAUUAUUGACCAAAAUAACAGGCGCCGGGUUCAAAGGGAGGAUAGCGCUAUUCUCCGGAUGAAUCUCUAUCUACUGGAUAACGCAAUUUGUUUCCCUGAUACUUAUCCGUUGGAUAGUGACUUAUCCGGGGGAUGGCGCUAUCCAUCUGGCUUCAGUUGUUCAAAACGGUGAACAGUGAAUAGCACUGUCCGCAGGAUAAAUCUAUAUUCAGUGGUAAACACAAUUGGUUCAGUAUCCUUUGCAGGGUGAUUUAUCCUGUGGAUAGCGCUAUCCGACGUUUGAACAAGCGGGGCCUGUUGAGCAACCGACGACAGUUGAAGAGCGUAUGUGCCCUAUAAGCGUAAUAGACCUUUCCCGCAUUCCUGUAAACAAAGGCAUCAAGUCGAGCCUCGGGUGGACAAUAUACAGUGAUUUGUAUGAAAUUGUCCACCCGACCCUCGACCUCAUUUCUUUGUGUUUGCUCACUGGAGCGGAAUGCGGGAAAGGUCUGUUGUGUACAUAAUGAUGUAACACUCUGAUAACCUGAACGUGUUUCAUCAAUUUUCGCCAGUUUGAAUGACCAGCGUUUAUUGAUUUUUCAAGGCAAUUGACAUUUUGUUUGUAUCUAUUUCUUUUUUUUUUUUUUAAUUUUUUACACCGGAUGAAGAAUGGCCAUAUUUGUGAGAAAAGUGACCAAGGGACUAAUGAUUAAGUAAUUAGAAGUUUUGUUGUUCCUUUCAUUCUAGUUGUAGUGCUCACCGGCCUACCACAUCCUCCCAACGAAGAAAACAUGGCUCAUCAAUACAUUCAAAACAUCUCAGUCCUCUCUGGUUAGUCAUCGUCUCGUUCUUUUUGGUUUUGUUGUCCCAAUUAAAACUCAUGCGUUUCUUAUUUCUUUCCAUGGUCUUCUUAACUUUCAAUACAUUCAAACCUCUGAAAACGGUCACCUCCACCGACGUUCUGAAAGGCCACGAAAAGUCCCGACGGGUGUGCAGCCUGUCAACAAAACCGCCUCAUAUUGCUCUCCUCCACUGGGACAGAACGAAUUGUUUGUCCAUCUAAGCAGACUUCCCUUUGGCUCGCCGCGUGUUUCCUCGGUCUUUGCUUGAAAAAUCUCUCUAGAAAAUUACAUGCUUCUAUGAAAUGCUGUUAUUAAAAAAAUUUCGUUGGAACGCUCAUUGAGAUAGAGUUUAUCAGUGUCGUUUAACAAAUUAACCAGUGUUUACACCGUAAUUUUUAGGGAGUUAUUAUAACUCCAAAAAUGGAGUAAACAUUUUAGGCACAGGAUAACGCCUUUUGGGGGGUUAUUUUUACUCCUAAUUUAACUCCGAAUUUGGGGUCAUUUUUACCCCUGAAAAAGAGUUCUUUUUACUCCCAGUGUGGAGUUAAAUUCACUCCGAAAUGGGGUUACUUUUACCCCUUACAUGGGUUGUUCUUACUCUUUUUGGAGUUGAUUUAACUCUGAAAGUGAAGUAAAAAUUUUAGGUACAGGAUAACUCCUUUUUGGGGGUUAUUUUAACUCCUCAAUAUCUGGGGUCACUUUUACUCCUGAAAAAGAGUUCUUUAAACUCUUUUUGGAGUUAAAAUAACUCCCCAAAAAAUAACUCCACUGUAAGGAGUCAAAUUAGCCCCACUAGAGGAGUUAUUAUAACUCCCUGAAAAUUACUGUGUAAACAUAGUUUUUUUAUGAUUAUUGGUAAGCCACUGACACUUGUAUACAGUUAAAAAAAGACACUUCUAAACAGAGAUGGAGGCCCACUCAUUAUCAGCCUGUUCCAGGCUCCAAGAUAGUAGGGAACGUGGAUCGAAAAAAAAUAUCGCGAAAACCGUCAUGACUAUUCGCUCGCUCGCUUUUUCGCUGCUCGCCCGCUUUUGUCUCUAGUCUUCACUGACCGAGAACCUGGUACCGGCUAACUCUUUGUCCAAACCGUGGUCUAUUUCAGGCGUCGUUUAAAUAGCCGGCCUGUUGCCUCUCCUACGUAAAUUAAAUAAAACCUGACAGCAGCAAAGUUUCGUCUGUAGUUUAUAUGAUUGACAAUGUUAUGAUUUUUUUUCCGCAGACAACCUCCCUCCUGUAAUGAUGGUAUAUGGGACGUCUUCAGUGGUUUCAACGUCACUUUAAAAUUUAAAAAAAAACUAUAAGAUAAAGCUUAUUUUAUUUAUUUAGUUAUUUCUCUCACUUCCCACUGGUCAUAAGAAUGCCGAUGUGAUUGAAGAAGUCCAAAUGCAAGUUUUUUAGGAGGAACUAACUCUAAGCAAGAUAGACGCCUUGUUUUCAACUUCCUACCAAUAAGAAAUAUACGAGGAUUUCCGAAAAAGGGGGAAAGUAAUGAUUCUUUUAACACCGUAGGCGCAUUUAACUGACUCUAGUGAUCGCUUGUUUCAGACUAAUUUGCACUUUCGUCUCGUAACGCUUCUCCAUUUGAGGAGAGGAACGUCUAUUGAAGACCGAAACAACAAAUAACCCUGGUCAGCAUACAAGACUAAGAGGAACGUUCCUCUAAGCCGUUCUGUGUAUUUUUUUUUUCUUGUAUGAGGGGAAAAGAAAAGUUUACUUCAUACUUUUACUCUGAAUUCAGCAAACUCCCCCAGCCAGCUCGAAUACUCUACGAAACUGAAAAUUAAAGAAAGAAAAAGAAACAUUUUAACUUAACAAGUUUAUUUUUGACGUUUCGUCUUUAUAGGGAACUAAAUACAGAAGAUUUGACCUAUAUAUUUCCUAGAGAGAAUGAACUGGACACUAGGCUAAAAUAAUUCUUAUAAUUCUUAAUUCUUUUAUCGCAAGAAAAUGAUUUACUAAAUGUGUACAAAUAUAAUAUUCAAUAAGAGAUAGUUAGUUUUUCUUCAACC